AUGGCACUAAAUCUGCCCUACCAAAGACCAGCUCACAAUCCAGCAAAGCGUAUGCGCCGCAGCGCGACUGCUGUAAUGGCUGGCGCCUUCGAUGUCAAGCCUGCUCGCGAUGUACUGACAUCACUGCUCAACGGCGUACCGCCUUAUUACCCUGUAGAAAAGGAUGAAGAGGCAAGAAGAAUUAGGAAGCAAGAGAAAAGAGAGAAAAGGGAACGCGAAAGGGAACGAAAGAGAUUAAAAGCGAUGGGAAUACCCGCGGACGGCGCCGGAGUUGGCAAUAACGCGACGCCAGGCCCAAGUACAAGUGGAAUGCGUCUCAUUCAAUUACCAAUAUCUGCGCCUACUCAGGCUUGGGCUUCACGACCUACGAUCCAGUUUGCGACGUGUUCCCGGAAACCAUCAGAGUCGGUGGCACCGCCAUCUCCGCCCCCGCUCCCUUCGUCGCCAUAUUCUACACCUGGACCUUCGAAUUCUUCCAGCACCUCGAGGACAUCAUCCAAGAGGCCUCGGACACCAGAUGAUGACGAGGAAAUUCUUCAUAUGCCUCUGUCAGAACCUCGUGUUAGGAAAAAGCGCCCAGCGGCUAGGAAGGGAUGGAAAGGAUGGGUUGAAGGCUCUCCCCCGCCAUCAGAAAAGUUGAUCAACCUAGACGCAGUCCCUGUCCUUCAGGAGCGGCGUACUCGGAGUGGGAAGAACUUCGAUGCUAUUGGAGUCGGCAAGGAUGGUUGGGUCUAA